AUGGCGAGCUUCGGCGGGUGCGGCGGCGACCUGCCCUACGGCUCCUGGCCGAGCCCCUUCACCGCCAAGUUCAUCACGUCGAGCUCCGUCGGGCUGAGCAACGUCAAGUGCGACGGCGACGGCGGCCUCUGGUGGCAGGAGUCGCGCCCGCAGGAGGGCGGCCGCAACGUCGUCGUGCGGCGCGACGCCGGCGCGGCCGGCGCGUCGGAGCGCGGGGCCGUGGACAACGUGCGCACGCGCGUCCACGAGUACGGCGGCGGCGCCUUCUGCCUCGGCCCGGGCGGCGCCGUCGUCUUCAGCGACUUUGGGACGCAGCGGCUCCACGCGACGGAGGGCGGCGCGACGCGCGUCGUCACGGCCGGCGACCCGGAAGGCCGCUACCGCUACGCGGACUACGCGGUCGACCCCUCGGGCGCCUUCGUCGUCGGCGUGCGCGAGGACCACGGGCCCGCGGGCGACCGCAAGCCGUCCGAGGUCGUCAACGAGGUCGUCAAGGUCGCGCUGGAGGACGGCGCGGCGACGGUCCUCGCGACGGGCCGCGACUUCUACGGCGCGCCGCGCCUGUCGCCCGACGGGUCCCGCGUCGCCUACGUCACGUGGGACCACCCGAACAUGCCCUGGGACGCCACGGAGCUGCGGCUCGCGGCCGUCGACGGCGCGGCCCCGGCGACGGAGGGCCACGACCUCGUCGACGGCGCCGACGGCGACACGUCGGUCCUCCAGUGCGCCUGGCACCCCGAAACCGCCGAGCUCUACUACGUGAGCGACGCGCCGGGCACCUACGUGCUCAAGAAGUUCGACGGCACAUCGUCCUCGACGGUCCUCGACGUCGGCGUCGACCUCGGCGGGUCCGCGCCCGGCUGGGUCUUCGGCCAGCAGGGCUACAGCUUCCUGCCCGACGGCGCCGUCGCCGCGGCCUACCCGGACCGCGCCACGGGGCGCACGGUGCUCCACGUCGUGGCGCCGGACGGUUCCUCCGCCGUCUACGACAAGGACGACGGCCUGCCGCACGCCUUCGGCGGCGUCGCCCCGGCGCCCGACGGGUCGCUCUACCUGCUCGGCGGCGGGCCGGACACGCCGAGCGGCAUCUUCCACUGGGAUCCGGCGACGAAGGUUGGGAAGAAGCUCGCGAGCUCGAGCUCGGCCGAGGUGCCCGAGGGCUACGUCUCCGUGCCGAAGCCCGUGGAGUUCCCCUGCCCGCUGGGCACGGCGCACGCCUACUACUACGCGCCGGCGAACAAGGACUGCUCCUCGUCCGAGGCCGCGCCGCCGCUCUUGGUGAAGGCGCACGGCGGGCCGACGGCGUGCACGGGACCGAACUACAACCCGGGCAUCCAGUUCUUCACGUCCCGCGGCUUCGCCGUGCUCGACGUGGACUACGGCGGGUCCACGGGCUACGGCCGCGAGUACCGGCGCCGGCUCCGCGGGUCCUGGGGCGUCGUCGACAUCGACGACGUCUGCGCGGGCGCGACGUACCUCGUCGACCAGGGCCUCGCGGACGCGAAGCGGCUGGCCAUCGACGGCGGGUCCGCCGGCGGCUUCACGACCCUCGGCGCGCUGGCCUUCAAGGACGUCUUCACGGCGGGCUGCUCGCUCUACGGCGUCGCGGACCUCGCGGCGCUCGCCGGCGACACGCACAAGUUCGAGAGCCGCUACCUCGACUCGCUCGUCGGCGCCUACCCGGCGGACGAGGCCGUCUACGCGGCGCGCGCGCCCAUCAACGCCGUCGACAAGCUCAACUGCCCCAUCCUGCUGCUCCAGGGCGACGAGGACAAGAUCGUGCCGCUGAACCAGGCGCAGCUCAUGCACGAGGCCCUCCUCGCGAAGAACAUCCCCUGCAAGCUCAAGGUCUACGAGGGCGAGCAGCACGGCUUCCGCAAGGCCGAGAACAUCGAGGACGCGCUCAACUCCGAGCUCUACUUCUAUUCCAAGGUCUUCGGCUUCGCGUGCGCGGGCGACGACAUCACGCCCUUCGCCAUCGACAACAUGGCCUAG